AGGCAUGCGCCCGCUCGCCACUCCGCUCGCCCAGCCAGCCGCCGGAGUGGCCCCUCGCCGGAGUGACCUUUUGGCCCCAGGCCUCGCCCGCUCGCCAUGCCGUGGCGCCCUCCGCUCCGCCGCCGGCGCGCGGCGGUCGCGGCGCUGGCGGCGGCGCUCCUGGCGUGGGCCGCCUGCGGCCAUGGCCGCUCCGCGGCCCCCGGCGCCUGGGCGGUGCCGCUCGGGGCAGGCACUGGGCCCCGCGCUGGCGGCGCGGCGGUGAGGAGGAGACACCCGCGCGGCCGCUCAGGGGCCGCUGUGACGCGGCGCGCUAACCCAGUCGUCCAGGAGGAAACCACAAAAGGUAUCAUUGAGGCGAUGAAGCAGUCUCCGGUACCAGUCCCGCAGCCAGACGACCCCUUUGGCACCUUCUUGUUCACGUUCGUGGCCCCAGUCGGCGUGGCACUGUUCUCCGUGUUCAUGCUGUUCAUCUUCUCGCCAGAGUCCAUCCUUGGCAAGGACCAGAUGAAAGAGUACACUGAAGCCGAGAUCGCGCUUGAGGAGAAGCGGCGUGGCGUUAAAGCACCGGCCCCGCAGAGUCGCGGUGUUCGCAGGCGUCAGAGGCGGGAGCAGCAGAAGAAUGCGUAGGUUGGCAGUCGCCGCGCUCGGUGGUCCCCGUCCGUGUGAGAAUCUCCGGCUGCCAGGCCCGCUUGCCUGGGGACGUCACAGACGGGGACACCGCGAGAUCCAUGGGGGAUGCGAGCGACCGGAGAGGGUGUCGGCUGCCAGAUGCAGUUUUCUUUGUGGGCGAUGCUCCCCAUUGGCCCAUAUCUCCACUCAGGACUCACUGCCCCCCCUAUCGUUCUACCUCGCUCAGGGUAGCGUCGUUGCGCUUCCUGCGCAGUGCCAGCUCAUUCUUGAUCGGCGCGCCCGGGGCAGUGCCAGCUCAUUCUUUCUCGGCCUCUCCAGUUUUCACGCAGAGCUCGGUUUUUUCUUAAAUGCGGUUGGCAAUCCUGGAGGGUGGAUGGCGCGGCGCGCCGCCCAUCCACUUUCUCCUUCUGCUGCCCCUUCCUCCCUCCUCCUCCUCCUCCUCCUCCUGCCUCUCCCGCGCGGCACCGCGGCUGCACCGCCCACGCCUGGCUGCGGUCCGCGGAGCUCGCGCGGCGCCGCGAGCGCCACCGAGAGCCCACGGCCCUCGCGCGCCGCCGCGGGGGCCUCCGAGGGCGGGGCGCCCUCCCUCGAGAGGGAGAGA